AUGCAAUCACAACAUGGUGUCUUGACCUCUUACGACAAGAGCCUACCCCUCGUGCUUCGCCUUCCGGUAAAUGUUCACCUCAGAAUCUGGGACUACUUACACCCAAUUGAGCGAGCGUGCUUUAGUCUCGCCAGCCGCCAUCUCAUCUACCUCCUCAAUAAACAUAGUCCUCGUAUCGCCCUCUCCGUCGGCUCGCCACUAUCUCACAACCCACUCUGUAAAGAGCUUGGAUGUAGACACUGUGUGCCAGCCCUCUACUCCCCCGCCCACUGCGAGCUGCACUUCCACCUUCGCAGCCUCUUCCCGCGCCACCUGACCUACUGCUACAACUGCGAGAUGUUUACCUCCCACGAGAAGAAGGGCUACAGCGACUCCGGCGAGUACUGCGGGAUCUGUACGGCGAAGUAUUCGAGGAUGUUUGAGAGGGGCCGGCGGCACAUUGGGAACCUCGACGAAGACUUUGGAAUGGUGGAGGCCGGCGUGGAGGUCAGGAGAGGUGGGAGUGUUGGUUGGCCUACCUCCGCAAGGAUACACGUGAGCUUCGACUUACCACGGAAGGACUUCUGGCGCAUACUGGCUGAGGCAUUGGAAAUUUCCACACUUGCAUGGAUUGAGUUUACGUUGGAAGCACACGGCAAGGGGGAAUACGGUAUGCACGAGCUCUGGAGCGAGACCUGGUGGCGAUGGAGAAGUCUUUGCUGGGCUGUCGGCAUCUCUCCUGUGUCCUUUGUUACUUCGUGGUGA